AAAAAAGUGGGAAGCUAUUUCCCAAAGAAGAAAGGGAAAGCAAAGCAAUUCCUUCUUUUAUAUUUCUCUUUUUUCGGUUAAUCCAUGAAAUAUGGAGAUUGAAGAGAUCGAAGCCGUUCUCGAGAAAAUCUGGGAUCUUCACGACAAACUCAGCGACGAGAUUCACUCUAUUUCCCGCUCUCACUUCCUCAAUUCCGUUAAAAAACCACCUAAUAAUAAUAGAUCGCAGAAGAAGAAGAGCCAUGGCGGACAGGGUUACGUAUUCAUCAAAGGAUUCGAUAACGACGACGCAACGAUUCAAGAAGCGAAGAACCUGUACGCGAUUCGAACCGCUCUUGAGCACCUCGAAGACCAGCUUGAGUUUCUCCAUACUAUACACACACAGCAACGAACAGAGAGAGAUUUAGCUGUUACCCGUCUUGAACAAAGCAGGAUAUUACUUGCAAUGAGAUUGACUCAACACCACGGCAAGAGCUACCGUGUCUUAGAGGAAGCUCUUGCUUUUGUUGGCAGCAUUAAAAGCGACACUCAUUUCGUUUCGCCUGAUCAACUUUACAACUCCUCUCUAAACCCAACGGGAGAAGACUCUACUCCUUGUGAUGGUAAUAAGCCGAACUUUGUAAUCAACGCCUUUGCAUCGGCUUUGGGGUUUGCCAAAAGAGCAUUUGGGUUCAACCAUGUCAGAGGCGUACUUGGAAACACUGCUAUAUUCUCCAUAAGCAUGGUCGCUAUGCUGCAUCUUCACCAGGUGGCUACCAGUGAACAUCAUCAUCUACAGAAGAAAGAAUACAGAAGAGAGGUGUCUUCAUCUGCCAUAAGCUUGAACCACUUGGACGUGAUGAUGGCUCGUGGUUAAAAGACUAUAGAUCGAAUUUGUCUACACGUGAUGAACUAAGAAGAGAAGAAAUAGUUGUUUGCUCUCAUAUGAUGUUCUGGGUUUGGACAGAAACAACAAAAAAUGUAUUUAGUUUGCGUCUUGCGUAUUUGAUUUGUUGUUCAAGUGUUAAGCUUUUUGUAGUCACAAGCUUUGCAUAUGGUCGACCAAAAAUUCUUGGGUCGCAUUGUGUGUUUCUUUUCUGGAGAGGCAAAUUCUCUUGUGAAGUAUUCCAACUGUUAGGCCACUAUUACCCAUCUUGUACUCCAAAACCCUCCAGCCUAGUUUGUUCUUCUUAUGCCCAUUUACUUUGAUGCAUCACUCCAUUUAUCGUAAUACUCAAGUUUAAGACUAAAUACAUAAUAUAGAA